AUGGUCGGUGGCACACGCAAUCGCACUCUGAGUGCUGGCCCUGGCCCUGGCCCUGGCCCUGGCCCUGGCACCAGCAAUGGCGGUCGCAACCGCGAUAGCUCUCAACGUGAGCGGGAUGACGUCUCACGUCUGAGUGAGGGCCUCGAGCCUAUGCACAUCGACGAGCAGAUCCCCCGUGAGCUUGACGCCUUGGGUGCUCACGUCAAAGAUAUCAUCACGACUAUUAACAGGCUUGAGGGCCUCGGCCUACAGCGCCUGAAGAUACCGCUGCCGAAGAUCAUCGUCCUUGGGGAACAGUCGACUGGCAAGUCCUCAGUCAUUGAGGCUAUCUCUGAGAUUAAGACGCCGCGAUCGACUGGUACCUGCACGCGAUGUCCAUUGUUCAUCAAGCUUGAGUCACCGGCCGAUCCAGCUGCGACGUGGAACGCAAGUGUCACGCUCCGCCGUACCUUCAUCUACGAUGGGAAGAGGGGCCGAGAUCGACGCUUUCCUGGCUGGAUUCAGCUUCAAGAACCUACCAUUGUAGAGUUCAUGACAUGCAACAGCCCAGAUGAACUCGAACGUGUUAUCGGCCAGUCUGAGAUGCCUGAUGAUGUUACUUUUGUCAAGAAUCUCGUCAGCGAAUACGUUAAGGAUCCGGAAGCUCUCAUCCUCGUUACCUGCUCUAUGGAAAAUGACAUCGCGAAUUCCACAGCGGGUGGCAUUGCAAGAGCUCUGAAGGCUACCGAUCGAUGCGUUGGUGUGCUCACAAAGCCCGACCGUCUCCUGGAGACCGCCUGUCACGAAAUUCUCCACAAUGUCUAUGAGAAGAAGCACCUGCCACUGGGUCAUGGAUACUUCGUCGUUCGAAACCUUGGACAAGAGCAGCUUGACAGGCACCUGACCCAUGAAGCUGCGCGAGCUCAGGAGAAGCAGUUCUUCGACACUGCGAAGCCCUUCGCAGCGUUUCGGCAACAUGACUCUCGCUUUGGUACAUGGAAUCUUCAGAGCUUCCUGUCCGACAAGCUAGCUGAGCAGAUCACGAAGAAACUACCUAUCAUUGAGGAGGAGAUCCACACUCGUCGACACGAAGUUGAGGAAGAGCUGAAGCAGUAUCCCGCACCGGUUACUCAGAAUGCGCCCAGAGUCAUCUUCGACAUACUUACAGAGUUUGCGCAGAGCGUGCGCCUCGAAUUAGAAGGCGACUUCAAGCAUCGGGUGUGGCGCAACAACUGGAAAGCACUUCAGAGGUCCCUGUUCAGCUCGAUCUUGAGCCUUAAGCCUACAUUGGCGACUGGCGGAACUCGCGAUAAGGGAAUCUACCGCAGUUCACUUAGUGGUGGGGCAUCGGCCAACGACUCUAUUGUCCUGGAGUCUGAUGAUGAGAGUGAUGAUGAAGGCAGCGGAACCGGAGACAUACGGAUGUCUGGUACGCCAGAGACUCCUACAAAAAAACGCAAGCUGGACUCUACUCCUGGUCCCUCCCCUCUCAAAAACUCGAUCCCUGCCAAAUCCACUUCAGUGGCUGCAGUUGUCCCAUUCCCGGAUUUUACCAAGAAGAGAACCAAGUUCCAGCUCGAUGGGAUCUCGCAACAUCUGGAGGAGACUUCAAACGCGAGCAUACCAGGUCAUUACGACCACAAGAUCACCGAUGCGAUGAGUAUGGAAACUUUAGAGCACUGGUCACUGCCUUUGACUGAAUUCUUCAACUCCCUAGAGAAGGAUCUGAAGUCGCGCAUCCGGGCACUGUUCCACGAGUCCUUCCGCACGUGGGAGAGUGUAGCCUUGUACGAGGCGGCCUGGAAAAUAGUUGUUCAAAUGUUGGACCUGAACCUCCAACAACAGCGUACGACAAUGGCCACUGAGAGUCUAGAAGACGAGACGAACAGUGUGUAUGUCUUCCAGAAAGGGAUCUUUGCUACAGAAAAGGUUGCCCAGUUAGAACUCUAUCGCCAGGCUCGCUUCAAGGCGCGUUUAGCACGAUACAGGCAUGAGCGCCAACACCGCACCGGCAAGGACAUCACGCCUGCGGAAGACGCCAAAAUUCUUAAGAAUGCAAAGCUCAUAGAGCUGCUAAACGAGGAGCCGUACAGCGUUGAGCUAGGUGUUGCAGCCACUAUCACCACCUACUUCAUGACGGCUGCCCGUCGCUUCCACGACUCUGUCUGCAUGCGCAUUGAGAGCAAAUUCUUCAAGCAACUUCAGACACAACUGCGCGACGAGCUGGAGAAUGGUCUAGGUAUCUACGACGAAGAUAAUGGCAACCGCAAUGCAAUUCGCCUCCUCACCGAAGAUCCUGAGCGCGAGGCCUUACGCCAGGAGCUUCUCGCAAAACUCAACGCCCUCAGUCAAGGCCAACAAAUUCUUCAAGACCUGAAGGACAAGUACGGCGAUCCCUCCUCACAGGCUUCAGGCAACACUAUGCACGAGGGCAGCAACAGCUCCUUCGGCAUAUCUACUCCUCUUUCCACUACCCCUCUUUCUGAGGAGAUGGAUGAGAUGUAG